CUUUGGUUUUUCAAAAUGGAAGUCUACGCCAGAAUAGCGAACGUAUUAAUUGGAAAUCAUGUCGAAUUUCUUCGCGUUCUGCAUUUCAUUGCAUCAAGAUGGCGACUAAAGCAAUGGGUCUGUUGAAGAGGGGGUGGACGGAGAUCCCUGAAGUGAUGGCUCCUGGAGUCCUAUUUUUAGGAGCCCUGGUAGCAUCACCAUUUAUUUUGAAGAGAAUUAAAGACAAAGGGGCUGAUAGAGUACAUAUGCAUAAGAUGGAGUACACAGUUAUACGAGAUACAGAUAUAAAAAUAGACGAUUCAAAUAAAGAUGUAUUCAAUUGAUGCUGCAAAGACUUCUAUAGGAAUUAUUUAAUUAGUUAGUAUCAUAGACAAUAGUUUCAUACAUGAAUGGACUAUGAACAAUAUAUAAUAUUGUUUAUUUUUUGUCAAGCUAUUGAAAUAUAAUUUGCCAGUUGCCAAAAUAAU